AUGAUCGCAGAGGAAGCGGAGUCACAGUUGAAUCGAAGAGUACGUACUACUUACCUGCGUUACACUAUACCAGCUGCGAGAGUAGCACCUGAUCCGGGAAGUUUGCACAAGUCGGCUGCCAGGGGCCACAAAGCGGCUCGUAAAGGAUUAUCUGUUGUCGAAGCAUACGUAGGCGAACGUUACGCUCACGGUGCGAGAAACUGGAUCAAAUUGACAUCAGCCGCAAUUCCCGUUUACCCGACAUGA